AUCUUGUCUUUAUCUCGUUUCUUUUAUCAAAAUACCUUCGAACACACUAAAGUAUUCUGUGAUAUUCAUUGGGAACUGAAUAUCAUUGUUACGUAGAAAAAUAAUUAUUCAAUUUUAUCAUGAGCACCUUUCGGCUAGAACCUUGCAUCCAGCUUCCCUUGUCACAGGAGGAAUUGAAAGAAAGCGUGGAUAAAGCAAAAGAUUGGGCACUUAUGCAUGGAAUAUCUAUGCGGUCUAAGAAGAACUUUAAUAAGGAUCAAGUACAAAUACUACCUUUUACACUAAUACCAUCGAGUUUUCCAAAGAAACCCUUUUUACUUGUGAAAAAUGUACAAAUUUUAUUGAAUGAACUUAUCCAUAAGGUUGCUUAUGAUAAAGAAUUUCUCACAAAUAGUUUAAAAAGUACAGUCCAAGCUGAUCCAUUUACAGCAAAGUUGUUCCACAUAUAUGAGACAGUAUAUAAAGAAGGUUUCAGCCAGAAUAUAAGUCUUGGAUUAUUAAGAUCAGAUUAUUUAUUACACAAUAAUCAUGAAAUAAAGCAAGUUGAAAUAAACACUGUUGCAACAAGCUUUGCUGCCUUAGCUACUGUUACAACACAAUAUCACAGAUAUAUAUUAGAAGAAUUGGGACACACUGAGACACGUGAGCGAAUUCCAGAAAACAAUGCUCUUGCUGGAUUUAUUACAGGAUUAAUACGUGCAUGGGAAUUAUAUGACAAUAAAGAAGCUAUUAUAUUAUUUAUUGUUGAAGAUGUGACUUAUAAUAUAAGCGACCAAAGGUUUCAUGAAUUUGAAAUUUGCCAAUUACGUCCUGAAAUUAAAAUUAUUAGAAGAAGCUUGACAAGUUUAGUGUCAGAAGGAAUAAAAUUGGGACCAAAUAAGGAAUUAAUUGUUGCAAAUAAGGUAGUGGCUGUGGUUUAUUAUCGCUCUGGUUAUGAACUUGAAGCUUAUCCUACAGAAAAGGAAUGGGACAUUAGAUUAUUAAUAGAGCGUUCUCGAGCAAUAAAAUGUCCAUCAGUGCAGUAUCAUUUAGCAGGUACUAAAAAGGUACAGCAAUCUUUAGCUCAAUCAAGUGUAUUAAAAAUGUUUUUGGAUGAAAAAUCUGUUAAUAAAGUGCAAGAAAUAUUUACUGGCCUUUACACGUUAGACUUCAAUGAUGAUGGAGAAAAAGCAGUAAAAGUAGCUUUAAGUGAACCGAAUAAAUUUGUGCUCAAACCGCAAAGAGAAGGAGGUGGAAAUAACAUAUAUAAUGAAAAUAUAAGAACGUGGUUAAAUUCAAGGAAGAAUUCGCAGGAGAGAACAGCAUGGAUCCUCAUGGAUCGCAUUUAUCCUCCAUUACAGAAAAAUUAUUUGAUACGUGCUAUUGAUGAACCGCACGCAGAAGAUAAUUUUGAUCUAUCGGAUGUCAUAACAGAACUUGGCAUAUAUGGAGUAACUUUGGGAGACAGCAACGAGAUAAUGCUAAAUACACAAGUUGGACAUAUUUUAAGAACCAAAUCAUCGAGCGAAAAUGAAGGUGGGAUAGUGGCAGGUAUUGGCGCUCUUGACAGUCCUUAUUUAAUUAGUUAGAAAUAAAAUUAUCUCUAUGAGAAUAAUUAAAAUAGUAUUAAUCAUAAACAAGAUCUUUAAAUAUAUAUA